AUGGUGGAGCAAGAGGGCAUCCGCGUGGUUCGUUGUGGCGGCAGCGAGUUGAACUUCAGGCGAGCGGUGUUCUCUGCGGAUUCUAAGUAUAUCUUCUGUGUCUCUGGAGACUUUAUUAAAGUUUAUAGCACAGCUACAGAAGAAUGUGUGCAUAUAUUGCAAGGGCACAGAAAUCUGGUGACCGGAAUCCAGCUCAAUCCCAACAACCAUCUACAGCUGUAUUCUUGUUCCGUUGAUGGCACGAUUAAACUGUGGGACUAUAUAGAUGGCAUUUUGAUAAAGACCUUCAGAGUUGGAUGUGAACUUCAUGCCCUCUUUACUCUUUCCUGCGCUGAGGAUUCUGUCUUCGUUAUGAUAAAUAAAGGAAAACCAGAUGUCUUUCAGCUGGCUUCAGUGAAACUACCAAAAUCAUCAAGUCAGGAAGUAGAAGCUAAGGAGCUCUCCUUUGUUUUGGAUUACGUAAACCAGUCACCCAAGUGCAUUGCCUUUGGAAAUGAGGGGGAGUAUGUUGCUGCAGUACGGGACUUCUACUUGUCUGUUUAUUUUUUCAAAAAGAAAACAACAACAAGGUUUACCUUAUCAUCAUCAAGAAAUAAGAAACACGCUAGGAACAACUUUACAUGUGUAGCAUGUCACCCAAAGGAAGAUUGCAUAGCAACUGGUCACAAGGAUGGCAAAAUUCGUCUUUGGAGGAAUUUUGAUGAUGAAAAGAAAUACACAUAUACAUGUUUACAUUGGCACCAUGAUUUGGUUAUGGAUUUGGCUUUUUCAGUGACAGGCAGCAGUCUGCUGAGCGGUGGCCGUGAGUCUGUCCUCGUAGAGUGGCGUGAGGCAGCAGAGAAGAAUAAGGAGUUCCUCCCCCGCUUAGGAGCUACCAUUGAACAUAUCUCAGUGUCACCAGCCGGGGAUUUGUUCUGUACUUCACAUUCCGAUAAUAAGAUAACAAUCAUUCACCGAAACCUUGAGGCGUCUGCAGUAAUUCAAGGCCUAGUGAAAGACAGAAGUAUCUUUACCGGUUUGAUGAUUGACCCAAGAACUAAAGCUUUGGUUUUGAAUGGGAAACCUGGCCACCUGCAGUUUUAUUCUCUCCAAAGUGAUAAACAGUUAUACAAUUUAGAUAUUAUACAGCAAGAAUAUAUCAAUGAUUCUGGUCUGAUCCAAAUUGAGCUAACAAAGGCUGCAUUUGGCUGCUAUGGUAAUUGGCUUGCAACGGUGGAACAACGUCAAGAAAAGGAAACUGAGCUUGAAUUGCAAAUGAAACUAUGGAUGUAUAAUAAGAAAACACAAGGGUUUGUUCUUAAUACAAAGGUUAACAUGCCACAUGAGGACCACAUCACAGCUCUCUGUUUCUGUAAUGCAGAAAAAUCUGAAAGCUCCACGUUGGUUACAGCAAGUAAAGAUGGCCACUUCAAAGUGUGGAUAUUAACAGAUGAUUCUGAUAUAUACAAAAAGGCUGUUGGCUGGACCUGUGACUUUGUGGGUAGUUAUCAUAAAUACCAAGCAACUAACUGUUGUUUCUCUGAAGAUGGCUCAUUACUAGCAGUUAGUUUUGAAGAAAUAGUUACAAUAUGGGAUUCAGAGACUUGGGAACUUAAAUGUACAUUUUGUCAACGAGCUGGGAAAAUAAGGCACCUUUGCUUUGGGAGAUUGACUUGUUCCAAGUAUCUUCUUGGUGUCACUGAAAAUGGCAUUCUGUGCUGUUGGAAUCUGCUCAGUUGUGCAUUGGAAUGGAGUACGAAAUUAAAUGUGAGAGUUAUGGAACCUGAUCCCAAUUCAGAGAAUAUUGCUGCAAUCACUCAGUCUUCUGCUGGUUCAGACUUGUUUGUAUUUAAACCUAGCGAGCCAAGGCCAUUGUAUAUUCAAAAGAAUAUCUGCAGAGAGGAAGUCUUGUGGGGAGUGUUUGUUCCCCGAGAUGUCCCUGAAUCAUUCACCUCAGAAGCUCACCAGUGGCUGAACAGAUCCCAGUUUUACUUCCUAACAAAAUCACAGAGUUUAUUGACAUUCAGUACACAGUCUCCAGAAGAGAAACUCACACCCACAAGCAAACAGCUAUUAGCAGAAGAAAGUCUUCCAACAACCCCAUUUUAUUUCUUACUGGGAAAGCACAGGCAGCAACAACAAAAUGACAAGUUAAAUGAAGCUUUGGAGAAUGAGCUGGUACAGCUGCCCUUAACAGAAAACAUCCCUGCAAUUAGUGAGCUUCUUCGCACUCCAGCCCAUGUCCUGCCAUCUGCUUCUUUCCUCUGCUCCAUGUUUGUAAACUCACUGCUGCUGUCUACGGAGACUAAGAGUGCUGAAGAAAAUCCUGAUGAUGUCGAUAUGGAAGAAGAAAAAGAAAGUGAUGAUUCAGAUGAAGAAAAUAAUUUCACUGAAAAGAUCCAGGAUACAAAUAACACAGAUUUGGAAGAAGACAUUAUACAUCAGUUGUCAAAAUCAGAAGAAAAGGAACUGAAAAAAUUUAGGAAAGUAGACUACAGCUGGAUAGCUGCUCUUUGAGCCUUGGAGGAUGGGGGAGGGUUCUGCACUUUGUUUUUAUGUUUUGACUUGUUUUCGUUAUAUGUUGAUACUCCACAAAUCUAUUUAAAUGUUAUUUCUGUUCUUGAAAUGUUAAAUAUUAACAGGCUUUACUUUUAAAUAACUGGUAAUAUGAAGUUGGGUUUACAUCACAUUUUACA